CGGCCCGCGGACCUGCGCGCGCCCGCCUCCUGCAGCAUCCAACAUUGGCGGGAACCUGGCAGUUUGGCGGGAGCUGUGCGGGCCGGCGGUGGCGAUGGCGUCGCGGCGGGGGGCGCUCAUCGUGCUGGAGGGCGUGGACCGUGCCGGCAAGACCACGCAGGGCCUCAGGCUGGUGACCGCACUGUGCGACUCGGGCCACCAAGCCGAGAUGCUGCGUUUCCCCGAAAGAUCCACAGAAAUCGGCAGGCUUCUGAAUUCCUACUUAGAAAAGAAAACAGAACUGGAGGACCACGCGGUGCACCUGCUCUUUUCCGCAAACCGCUGGGAACAAGUGCCACUAAUUAAGGCGAAGUUGAACCAGGGCGUGACUCUUGUUUUGGAUAGAUAUGCCUUUUCUGGGGUUGCCUUCACUAGUGCCAAGGAGAAUUUUUCCCUGGAUUGGUGCAAACAACCCGACGUGGGCCUUCCCAAACCUGACCUCAUCCUGUUCCUUCAGUUACAAUUGCUGGAUGCUGCCACGCGGGGCGAGUUUGGUCUCGAGCGCUAUGAGACUGGGACUUUCCAGGAGCAGGUUCUGCUGUGUUUCCAGCAGCUCAUGAAGGAUAAAAACCUGAACUGGAAGGUGGUUGAUGCUUCCAAAAGCAUUGAGGAUGUCCAUGAAGAGAUCCGUGUCCUCUCUGAGGACGCCAUCCGCAGCGCUGCACAGAGACCACUGGAGGAGCUAUGGAAGUAACCCAGAGUGUUCACUGCAGAUACUAAUCUCUGGUCCCUUGGGAGACUGGUGGAAAGCUCACACUCAACACUGUUCAGCAGGAGCUAUUUCUUGGCAGAAGAAACCUACAAGCUUCCACUCAUAACUUGAGAUUUUGGUGGUAUGAACAAAUUGUGCAAUAUCUCCCUUGCCUACUCCUUGAUCCUAAAGGUGUUAUUUCCAUACUGAACUUUAGUGGUAACUUUUGGCAGUUUCACUGACGUCACAAAAAACAUCCGUUAGUUGGGAGUCAUAUUUUUUACAGAAACUAAUAAAAAUCUACCUGAAAAUGUA